AUGUCUACGUUAAUCAUUUGGGAUGAAGUACCUAUGGUACAUCGUUGUGUUGUUGAAGUUCUAGACAAAAUGCUCAAAGAUAUUACUGAUUGUAAUUUACUCUUUGGUGGAAAAGUGAUAGUACUCGGAGGAAAUUUUCGACAAGUUCUACCAGUUGUACCAAAAGGAAAAAAGAAAGACAUUAUGAAUGCUAGCUUAGUUUUCUCUUAUCUAUGGCCUUCGUAUUUCCAUCCACCAUUAGUUGAAAAUAUGAGGACAAAGCUUGAUCCCACAUUUUGUCAUUUCUUGUUAAGAAUUGGAGAUGGAACAGAAGAAGAACACACUUGUAGAUGUAUCAAACUUCCUGACAAUAUAGUUUUACCAUUUGAGGAAGAAAUUACAUCUCUGAAGAAAUUAAUACAUCAUGUUUUCCUGAAUAUAGAAGCAUAUGCUGAUAAUCUAGAUACGAUGGCAAAUCGAGUGAUUCUUAUACCUACGAAUGAAUCAAUUGAUAAAUCAGAACAGAGUCUACAGGAAGAUUUUUUAAAUAGCUUGACUUCAAAUGGUAUUCCACCACACGAAUUGAAACUUAAAGUAAAUUGUCUUGUGAUAUUAUUACGAAAUAUCAAUCAUUCUGAAGGGUUAUGCAAUAGGACGUGUCUUAGUUGUCUCAAAUUUGAAAAGAAUGCAAUUCUUGUUGAAAUUACAUCUGACGAAUAUUGUGAAAAAUAUGUUUUCUUACCAAAGGUACUUAUUAUUUUGGUACUUGAUUUAGGUCUCAAUCAGGAGCUUGUAAGUGAUACAAUUAACAAUAAUCUGCAAUUCAAUCUUUGGUUUAAGUUUUAUCAUGGAAUAUUUUCAUUUCUUGUUGGCUCAAACAAAGAGGAUGAAUUGAAAGAUGAAAGUUUUGUUGGAAAAGAGAAAAUCAGUGAGAAAUCCAUUGUGUUAGGUAAGAAACAAGAUCACUUAGAGAGAGAGUUUGUUACAAGGAGUAGUUCAGAGUCGUUAAAGCUCAAGAUUCCCUUGAUGGUUUCUGGUAACUAA